AUGGGGGAGUCUAAAAAUUCUUGGGAAACACUGCUCCGUACACCAUCCUCGGACCGAAUCUUUCAGGGUACCGAAUCAUCUCAAGCCACUGAUGCUUAUCUUUCCUUUCGAUGGGACACACCACACGCAAAUACUCCCUCUUCUUACCAAAUACAACAUGGUGCCGAUUCAUCACAAUCAACCGAUACUUAUUUUAACUGCCCAAGCGACACGCCACACGAAACUAUAUCUACUUACCUUCAUGGCGCAGCUCCAUUUACUGACCGACCACUUAAGGGUGCCGACUCAUCAGAAACAGCUGCUUCUCAUAUCGCCUUUCCAAGGGACACGCCACAGGAAACUAUCUCUACUUACCAAACAUUUCAUGGUGCAUCGCCAUUAACUUACCGAUCACUUCAGGGCGCCAAAUCAUCAGAAACGGAUGAUGCUAAUCUUGUCUUUCCAAGGGACACACCACACGAAUCUUCUAUCUCUACUUAUAGAACGCUGCAUGGUGCAGCAUCAACACAAACAGCUAAUAUUAAUCUUGUAAAUACGAUGGCUACUUACCAAAACCAUUCAAACACUUACCUGGUAAAAGCUGGAUAUUAUGCUCCGACUAAGAUUUCUUGUUCCGAACCUACUAUAUAUGAACAAUCAACUGGAAAACACUUUAUAGGAGAAUGUUUAUUUCAAGAACUGAAUGAUGAUGUGAUGCCUGGCCUAGGUAACCAAGAAGUCGUCGAUCUACUAUCGGAUGUUAUUUUUAGAGACCUAUUCAUCUUAAAGAAAUGGACUGUUCAGCUGAAACACUGUUACAAGUAUCAACAAUUGAAAAUUGAAGAUACAUCAAACAAACACGUUGUUCAGGAUGUUGUCCAAGAUAUUGUCCAAGAUAUUGUUCAACAAGAUGAACAUCGAUCUAACGAAAACACAACUGUGGAUCAAGAUGAAAUUGUUGAUAAAACUACAAGAAAAAGAAAUAUAGUCAGCAGUAAAGAAUAG